ACGAAUCCGAACUUCCCACGAUGACCACUUGAGAAAUAAUGUGAUGAAUGAUGAUACCUAGAUUGCUGCUGGUGGUCAGUACAUCAUUAAUUGUCACGCUUGUUCACACAGCUGUGUCCACAGUUACAGAUAGCCUGUGAUCUCAGCAAGCUUGUCGUCCUUCACAAUGCUCAGUUUGGAUUUUUCAAACAGAUUAUCGGAAGAAAAAACUUGAACGUAUCGUGUAUUGCCCAGCAGCGCGGGGACUGCUGGAUUGAUGUCACUCCAUCAAUGUCUAGGCUGUGUUCCGGAUAUUCUUCGUGUACUACAGAUGUGCAAUAUUCACUGGAGUUACCUCUUGACGCUAUCGCUAGAGAAUGUUCAACUGAGACAGCAGGUUUCUCGAAACCAUCAUUGUUCGUCGAAUACAGCUGUGUUUCAACCACCUUGUUCACCCGAUUGACAAGUAACAGUCACGUGGACUCGGAACAGGUAGGAGGUUAUCUGGCUACUUUGGACUAUGCAGAGACGCGCAACGGUGGGACGGAAUGGCGCAUGCAUCAGGCGGACGCCAUCUGUCGCGUUGGCGAGGAGCAGUUACCAUACAGAUUCUAUCUACCGGCACCCAACACCCAACCCCAUCAACCUUCCUUUGGCCUGGAAGAGAUGGUUUCGUUCGUGUUACGUAUAAAGGAUAUGAGUUUGACGCAACCUAUAACACAUUCUGGUACAGCAGGAAACGGUAGAACUAAACUGCGAUUGGUCACUGAUCAAGAAUGUCUUAAUCUCGGACAGCCAUGCCAGCAGGAUUAUUUGGAGAUAUCUGCUAAGCUACCUAGCCGACAUCAUUCCGACCCAUCGUUUGACGUCAUUCCAGUAACCCGUCUGUGUUUGACCGAAUCGGCUACCCAAUCGGAAACGCCAGUCAAGGACAGUGAGGCAACAAUGAUUGGUCGAACUUUCGGACCACUACCUAGCGCUGUUGGGCUGCAAUUUCGGUCAAAUUUGAAUCUACGGGAUUCGCAGGUUAUCCCCGGGAAAGGAAUUCUCAUUGAAUAUAUCGCAUUGUUCUGCACUCCGAUCCGCAAUCCUACUGGCUACGGUAUAGUGGAUUACCGCUUCCUAACUUUGCCACACUCUUCACACACGGUGGCCUAUGCGGAAAUAUUCUGCCCAUCGGACCGAUGGCUGGAGCCUCAAAGGCCAACAGAAACGGAAGCCAUCCAUCGCAAUCAAACGGGGAUUCCAUGGUGGCUCGAACGAAUUCAACACACCACAAGAGCAUGCAAUCAUCAUUCAAGAUCAUGGUCCGACCGGAUUCCAGAAGCGUGUCUAACGGAGGCAGAAUUGGACGUGUUUGUGGCCAAAGUGAAGAUGGACAUGCAGCAGGCCUCCACCGCGAAAAUCAAUACAUCCGAUAUCGCACUAUCGACGUCAGAAAUGGAGACCAAUUAUUCUGUGGGCAAUAUGACGAUCGAAGUACCCUUCCCACCACUCGGACACACGGCUGUAAGCGAAGUUCUCUCCGGACCGGUGACCAAUGCAGGCUCUUCUGUUGCUGUUGGAGUGGUCCUCGGAUUUCUCAUCUGUUUAAUGGCCGUGAUCCUCAUUAUCUACAGUCUCCGUCACAGGUUGUUUGCUCAGUACCACAAAAACGAAACAUUUCCCUCCUUCCCGGAUCGCAUGACACGUUCGGCAAGCACUUUCAACCAAUCAACACACAGCUACUAUCCGACCAUAAGCUCAAUGGACUGGCGACGGAAGUGGAACAAGAGCAAGUGGGACCUAUUCAAGCCAUGGCGUGUACCGCCAUGGAGUCAGAAUCUUACAGCCACCUACCCUGAUCUUCCACGUCAAACAAUUGUCCAUGGAUCAUCUCUAGGAAUCAGUCGAACUCCCGACACAGUGGUUGUAGACCGUUUUCAUCCUACCUGGCGGACACAACUGCCUCGUUCGCUAGCCUCGUCUUUCAGUCUUAACCCUGGCUAUCCGCAUCCAAUGGCUUUUGAAAAUGGAGAAGCGGCCAACAUGUCACCUUGGCUUCGAACAAACUCGACCACACGUUUGGCUCGAAAGCCUCACUUUUUUGCAUCAUCUAGUGAACUGGUUAGUCCCAUUGAUGGUCAGCCACAAUUUUCAAGAUCCUGGUGGUUGCCUUGGCGACGGAGUUUCCGUAAGCAGCGUCGCUUGUACACGCAACUUUUAAGGCGUCGUGAAGCUCAAUAUCAAUCUCAGCGCCGGCUUAUGCCUUCAAACGGUAUAUCGAACAGCUCAUCGAUGCACUUCGGCCAUCUGCCUUCAACUCCUGGUGGAAUGUUCGGGUCACAAUCUCUGAUGAAUUCGAAAAUACACUUGGAAAACAACAAGCUUCCGGCAAGUGAGCGAGAAGCGGCGGAAGGAGCGGUGAGUCAGCUUACCACCCAAAGUACUCGGACUCUGAUAAACAAUGAACAGGUAUCAGCAAAUGGAAUAAGUCCAAGAUCCGACGAGUUAGCUUCCCUCUACCCCGUUCUGAAGAAUAAACUGCACUACAACUACACGAAUGUGGAUCCAACCAACGGAUAUCCGUCGCUAUAUUGUCAACCCAUUACACACCAAUACCAACCAGCGAUCGCGGAUCAAAUUCAAAACGGCACAACUGCAAAUGAACCGCUACCUUGGAAGAGUACACCACCUGGAAAUAGUCUUAGUCAAGGAUUUCGUCGGUUGUCUUCAUUCUUGCGCAACCUCAAUGGGUCUCUCACUCCACCCAGGGGGUCAACAAGGAAUACACAGCAGCAGCGGCUAGCUGGUCAGUUUUAUCCACAGUCCAUGUCCGGUUUAAACGCAGCCCAUUAUUUCCAAACAGGCAUAAAUGACCCCAUGUUUCGACGUCUGUCCGGACCUCAACCAAUCCCUCAGGGGAUAUCUGCUCGUUCCAGAUCAGAAUCAGGGAGCGCACGUUUUGGCUUGGGAAUGAGGAGUCUCUAUCAAAUAUCGCUUUCCCGGGGCGCAGACCCAAUAGCAAGUAUGUACAAUUUGGACGUGGACGAUAACAGUGCCUUUGGUGAUCCCCUCUCCGGCUCCACGACAACAGUGACCAAAACAACACGGCUUGGAAGCACCGCUGCUGUCUCACCUGGCUCUGGCCCAGACUACUGGGAUCAAUAUCCAUCAGUCGAUGUGGGAGGGCAUCGAGUUUCCACGGCGUCGACCAUACGCCCUCCGACGCCCACACACUGUUCACAACAGCAGCUGAUGCAACAAGGGUUAACUGCUGGUCAUUCCGCUCAUCCCCAAUUGGGCCAGAUGACCAACAUGAAUCACUCAAAUGAUCCAUACCUUGUGCCAGCCUCAGUCAAAAGAAGACAGGUCGCACAAACAACCGGAGACGCACAUAAGAUGAAGUAUUUAUCAGAAACGGAACGCUUGCCAAGUGGCACCAGCUCUGCAGUCAGUUCCUUGGUAUUUGGAGAUUCAGCUGAGGAGGACCAAGAAGUCGGAGCAGGCGUACCCCGUUCCCCGUCUGGGCGGCCUCUUACAUUAUCUGAACAGGUGGCAUCCGGUAGCCCUCAAGGGUGGACCAGAUUUCCGAUAGAAUACGUGACCUACGAUGAAACUCACUCGUGUGCGAACACACUGAUCAAACCACCGGGCGAUGAUAACCAUAUGCAACAAGACUUGAUCGCAACGCAGCUCGGAGAACCACCAAACCAACAGAGUCCAGUAAAACGCAGACAUCACGAGGACAAAGGUGACGAGACCUCCCGACCUCUUUCUGACGCAAUGAUCAGCAAUCACUACUACACUGGAACCGACCUUGAUAUUUCAAUCCGUGGACCCAUGGAACAAGCACCUCCACGACUACCACCACGUGUCAACCCUCCGACAGAUAUUGCGGUUUCUGAACGAAGUUUGUCCCCAAAACCCAACCUACCACUACCUCCGUUGUGGAACCGUCCGUCUCAGAACGGGACGCCAAAUAAACCAGAGCCUCCAAGACUAACAACUCGCGAUGAGUACGGUUCGGUUGAUUCGUUGUACGAGACUGUGGAUCAAUAUAAACCGACUGAAAUUCGAUCUACGUCCGAGCAACAGAUAAAUGACCAGCGGAUGACAAACUUGGUGACUGUUGGCCAAGAGAGUCAACUUCAGCGCCAAAAGCUCGCUUUGCCCCCCACACCGGAUUCCCUCGAGUCUCUGCGGGCUCCAGUUGCCUCUAGUGAUGACGAAACCGGAGAUGAGGGUGAGAAGCCCGAGAAAGCAUCGUAACAAUGAGUAUAUUCGUUUGUCAGUCUUCCACGUGCAAUCCUGCCCAUGUCAAUUUGUUUCGCUCAUUGUCUUUUUUUCACUACGGACCAUGACGCUUUUGGGUGGAUCAGGCACGAUGCGUGAAAUCCAGUCCCGGAACGCCUUCUCUUGGGAGCACCAAAUGGUAACUUUCCACGAAUGUGACUUGCGCGGACAAGGACAACAGCUAAUAUCAGUGCGUUCCGACCCCAUCCAUGUUUUUCCACAAACUACAACCCUGUCUUCCGUCACACAAUCAGAUUAUAUCCACUCCGCCCCUCGUAUGUACCAGUUUCCGGAUAAACUAGCCACUGCGGAACGCUAUGCAACUCUGGUCCAAUCCGAACUCACCCCAAUCUGUACACAUAAACAACCCUACCGGAUCACUGACUUUAAAACCGCCCACCUAACUUUUCCAUUCGUACUCUAACCGGAACACAACACACACACACAAAAAGAAACUCGCCAUAUGCUUACGCAAAUUUGAUCAUAAUCAUGAAUAGUACUACUCUCAGAUUAUUUACAAAUC